AUGGCCGACUUCACUCAAUACGGACAUGCAACGGCAGAAUGGUUAGCCGUCACGGAUAGCAGGCCGCCUAUUCCAGGUCAUCUGGACCUGAAAGAGAUGCAGCGCCUCACAAAUAUAUACCGAGAACAAUUAGCCGAGAGCGAGAUGGAGAAGCUCAAAAACUACCCUAUUCUCAUGAAAGAUUACACCGUCACUUCAAGAGAUGGCUUUCCUCUCGAGGUUCGAACCUACAGACCUGCUUCUGCGGAUGAAAGUGCUCGUCUCCCUAUCUACAUCCAUCUCCAUGGUGGUGGUUAUGUCUUCGGAAACAUUCCCUCGGAAGAUGCUAUCUGCACUCGCAUCGCAGUCAUGGCCAACGUCACGGUUGUCAAUCUUAACUAUCGCCAUGCUCCAGACUAUGCUUAUCCCACAGCAUGGGAAGAUACUGUUGAUGCUUUUCACUGGGUUCAUGACCACAUCGACGAACUUCUGGGAGUACCUAGUCAAAUCGUUGUCGGUGGGAUUUCAGCUGGUGCCCAACUAGCAGCCUCCCUGACGCUUCGACAAAACAUGGCUCCUGAUGCUCUUUCAAGGCCGAAGCUCGCGGGUCAGGUUUUGAUGAUUCCUGCUCUGGUCCAUACUGAUUGCUAUGCGCCUAUCAUGGAGCAGAUGAAAGAGCCGUCUUUGUCGUCAUUUGUGCAGAACGCGGAUGCUCCAUUGAUCAACAAGGCAGCGAUCGACAAGUUCACUAGCCUGUUGAAAGUCCAGAACCCGGAUCCCAAGGAUGUUCGCUUGAAUAUUGGCCUCGCAACUGUUGAGCAGCUCAAAAACAUGCCACCUUCAACGCUGGGCAUCUGUGGCUUGGAUCCUUUUCGGGAUGAAGCUCUCUUCUAUGGACAGAAGCUUGUUAAAGCAGGAGUUCCCACGGAUGUACAUGUUUUUGAUGGUCUGCCUCACGGCUUCCGACGCUUUGGAGAUCAAUUGACUGAGAGCAAGAGAUGGGACAAGGUUAUGGAAGAUGGAAUCAAGUGGGCGCUCUCGAAGCCCGAGCCUUCUGGAAAGUUUGAGAUCAAGCUUGAGUAG